AUGGCGAAACGCUUGUUGUUUAGAGGGCAGGGGAAAAAAAUGGAGGAUAUUGAGGCAGCUCCCAGGGAAGAACUGCUAGGAGACAGACAUGACUGUAGGAAAAGCUAUGCUCCUCUAACGCUCUGCGUUACUGAAACAGACCUACCCAGGUAUCUAGAUCUUUUCCCAGUUUCACCUGCCCCCCCACUCCCACUCCACCCCCAGCUCACUUCAGUAACUCUGGAGCUCCCAGCUACUCAGGGAGAGCGAGCAAAAGAGGCCCGAAUUGGGGGGUGGGGGUGGCAGGCGCAGCUAAUCAGUCCUAGAAGGAAGAGGGGGCGGAGGCAAAAAAGGGCAGCAGUAGGCGGACUGGAGUGGGGGGGUAUCUUGAAACUACCCCGGCGGGGAUGGGGGGAGCAGCGGAUAUUCCCGGAUAGAAACUACGAUCGCAAGAGUGCCAGAGGUUGUUUAAGAAGCAAAACUGUUGGUGGCAACCUGAGCGCUGGAAGCCGAAGGGAGGAAGAAGGAGACGCGAAGCCGGGGCGGCGGAGCAGGGCGGCCGGCACAAAGGAGGCGGACUCGCGGCGGCAGCGUAUGCCCGCGCCGGGGGAUGCACGGCCCGCGGCCCUGCUAGACCGAAGUCCCGCACUGGCAGCUACGAAUAAAGUUUACAUUCUCCUGAGACCGCACCCCCCACCUCCCACCCAGGACCGCGCUUCUCCGCGUCCUCCUCCCCCAAACUGCACUCGGGACCCCGAGCACCAUCCCAGCCUUCCAGCCAGCACAACAAAGAGACACACCGACCGGCGAGGGUAAACAGCCGCGGCAGGGCGAGCAGGGCGGGCAGAGCGAGCGCCUCGAGAUAAGCAACUCCCGAGUCUUCCCCGCUCGCCGGAACGUAGUUUCUCCUUUUCUGUUUCAACCGGCUUUACAUUUGGAAUCUUCAUCUUCUCCCGCACCCCUCACACCCAAGGAUUUUAAACUCACCUUUACUUUCGAACUGAGAGUUGCGGUGGAUGGGAUCCUUCUCCAGAUGGUUGAAGGUUACGAUUUUUGUUUUUGGAAACCCUACCACCUCCUUAUUUCUAUUACUAUUUUUGCAAGAAAAGUAUAAAGAGAGUUGGAGUGGAGGUGAGAAUUGUGAUCGGGAAAGCCCUGGACUCCCUCCUUCUCCGUCUUCCGCCUCUCUCUUCUGAUUAGUUCCUAUCCAGCAGCAGAUUGAAGCAGGAGAUGAUUCUUCUCAAGGUUUGUUCAGCAGCUUCACUUCUAGGCGAAGGCUUCAUGAACCAAGUGACGUCAACCAACAAGGCUUCUCUCUCUCUCCUCUCUCUAACAAUGAAAGUUGCUGUUAACAAGGGAAAAAAGAGAGAGAAUUGUUUAUACCAUUUCAGUUCCAAUAAUAAAUGACCUAUCAGCUCCUAAAGUAGCCAAGGGAGGGAGGGGGUUGCUUCUUCCUCCCAAGAAUACUGUAGCUUUGAGUUUGCACCGUUCCUCGUCCCGAAAAAGUUAAGGAACUCAAAUGUUUUUGUUCUACUUCUAAAAGUAGAGAAGACAGAAAAUAGGAUUGAAAGUGUAAUUUUUUAAAAAAGUACACCGAAAAGAGGGAGCCCAGAUUAAUCAUUUCCAUCUAAACAUUUUGUUCGUAAAACUCAGAAUUCGGUUGAACUCUAAAAGCUAAUUUAAUAUGCCAAGAAUUCGUGGAUGUUUAGAACUCAAAAAGCAGGCGCAAAAAGGUCCCGGGAUAAAACACUACUGCCCUAACACAGGCAAGUUAAACCGACUGCUGUAAUGUUUAUGCAUUGAGUAAAAAUUUAAAUAAAACGUUAAAAUAGUAAAUAGUUUUAAAGUUUUAAGUUAAGACUGUAAAAGGUAACCUCAGUAUUUUCCCCCUCAACUUCUGAGAAGGCAAAGAAGGGGAGGGAUAACUAAAUGUAGGAAUUAGAACACUUGAAAAAAAAAAAUCAAGACUGGGCAGCCCAUUGCUCCAUCUUUAAAAUACACACGAGGUAUGUUAUUUGUCUACUCCCAGAAUUUUUUUCAACUUUCAUUUUCCCCCACCAAUUUCAACAUCCUGAAACCAAUAAAGUUAAAGUAAAGGUGAAGUACACCCCAUUCCCUGCUACAGCACACUACACCAUAGCUUCCUAAAAGAUGAUUUUUUUUUAAAGGCCUUAACCUUCGCAACACUUUAUUAACCAAGACGACAAAUAAAAAUGUUUUUCAUUGAGGUAGUGUUUUUCCCCUGAAGCACGUUAAAGUCUUGAAAGUUCAUAUUAUUAAAAAUUGCAUAAUAAAAUUUUUAGGAGGAAGAGCAAGUGAAAGGCAAGCUAUAGAAUAAUUUGACCAUAUAUGUAUAUUUUGCACAUGCAUAUGCGGAUAAAUGUAUCUUAAAAGAUGCUAUUGUUUUAUGUUUCCUCUUCAGCCACUGGCUGUGAUUUUAAUUGUGCUGGAGGAUCUUCAUUAGUAUUAACACAUGGGGAGAUUUAACAAAGCUGCUUCAUUAGGAAAAAAAAAAGCUUGGCAGACUAGGUCUUUUUGCAUGCACUGAGAAUGUCAGCCUUACCUCGGUCAUUUGUAACAUAAUAAGUGCAAGUACAAUGAUUGCAAAGCAGGAGCACUGGGGGAAGGGCAGAAAUACUGCCUGUCUAAUAGGGAUAUCUGAAAAGAAGGCUGCUCAUUACAUAGUAAAAUGUAUGCUAAAAAUUAGUGAAGAUGAUGUCUCAGGAGAUUGAUGCUAAAUAAAUUAAUGUGCUGAUAUGUUUUUAAUUAUUA